AGAGAGAUGGGGUAGCUGGUUGAACCCUGAUUGGAGCAUGUGUGCUCUGCUGUACCUAUAAUAAUCAGGCAGAUAUUGGGAGAGAUCAUUUGUGGUGGAAUUUCUACAGGACAUUUCCUUUUCAUUGUAGAACAUAGGAGGGCUAUACGGAAAAAGAAGCAUCAGGUUCUCUCUGUCAUCGACAUAAGAACAAAUAUCAAUAAGUUUGCAGAGAACACUAUCCCACCUGGACAGCAUAGUGAUGAUGAGACACGGCUGUGCGCAGGCCAUAUUGACUUUCUUGGUUAUCCUCAUCUCAUGUCCCAUGGAGUCAGACUGUGAAGAGGACUCCUACAACUCAAUACUGCAGGACAGCCCAUAUUACCUCAGCAGUGAUUUAACUCAUUUUAAGAGGUACAGGGACAUUCACGACGACAGCUUUGUGGGUCUGAUGGGCAGGAGGAGUGCAGGUGAGAGUCUGGGACUCCGGGGUCCUAAAGAACCUUUGUUUGCCAUCACUGGUAGCCGGUUCUUCAAUAUGGAUGGCCGCGUGCAUUAUGGAUUUAUGCAGAUACACAGUGUAAAUGAGCUACCAUCACAAAGAAGUAAGAUCAGGGACAUGGAUGAUGUCUUUGUGGGCCUCCUGGGUCGCAGGAGCUCUGGGUCAGCCAUCCCUCAGCCCUGGAGGGAGGAGGUAUACCCACAGCCAAGAGGAGGCAUUCUCAUCAAGAAAGGGAGACUGAGGCAAAUUCGUACCCGGUGUAUAGGGUCCCGCGUCGUCCCUUUCAUCCUACCAAACACAGCACAGCAGACUGCACUACGCCAGACUGUAUACACAUCAUUCAUCCGGAGUUACCUUAUUUUCCACUAAGAAACCAUUCUUGCUGUGAUACCACUAUUUUUUACUUUUUGUCACCACUAUAAGAGAAUGAAUGAAUAUCUGUAACACACAUAAAGUAUUGCAAAUGAAUAAUGUUAUUUUUGUAUUGAACAUUGUUUCUAUGUUAUGUUAGACAUGGUCGUAGUACAUUAGGUAUGUUAUACCAUAUGAAGGGCUUUGUUGAACAUGAUAAUAUACCAACCAAUCUUUGGUAACCAUG